AUGGGUAUUCAAAAGAAACAUGGUAAAGGUCGUCUCGAUAAAUGGUACAAACUUGCCAAGGAGAAGGGAUACAGAGCCAGAGCUGCAUUCAAAUUGAUUCAAUUGAAUAAAAAAUAUGGCUUCUUGGAGAAGAGUAAAGUGUUGUUGGAUCUUUGCGCUGCUCCCGGAUCAUGGUGUCAAGUCGCAGCAGAGACUAUGCCAGUGAGCAGUCUGAUCGUCGGUGUUGAUCUUUCUCCCAUUAAACCAAUUCCUCGAGUUAUUACCUUCCAAAGCGAUAUUACGACCGAGAAAUGUCGCGCUACUAUCCGUACACAUUUCAAAUCCUGGAAAGCAGAUACAGUGUUGCACGAUGGAGCUCCCAAUGUUGGUACUGCUUGGGUUCAGGAUUCCUUCAACCAGGCCGAAUUGGCCCUUCAAUCCUUGAAGCUUGCGACGGAAUUCCUAGCGCCCGGUGGUACCUUUGUUACGAAAGUCUUUAGGUCCAAGGAUUAUAACAGUUUACUCUGGGUCUUCAAUCAAUUGUUCACCAAGGUCGAAGCAACGAAGCCUCCCUCUUCCAGAAAUGUUUCCGCGGAAAUUUUCGUUGUAUGCCAAGGGUUCAAGGCGCCAAAGCAUCUUGAUCCCAAAUUCGUCGACCCUCGACAUGUUUUCGCAGAACUUACCGAUCCCACACCUAACAACGAAGCCAAGGUUUUCAAUCCCGAAAUCAAGAAGAGGAAGAGAGACGGUUACGAGGAUGGCAACAUGACACAAUUUAAAGAGAUUCCAGCUAGCGAGUUUAUCCAAACAACCGAUCCGAUUGCCAUUCUUGGUAGCUUAAAUCGACUGAGUUUUGUGCAACCACCAAAUGGAGAUGUAGCUCUGGCUGCACUUGACAAGCUACCAGAAACAACGGAUGAAAUCCGCCAUGAUUGUGCAGAUUUGAGGGUGCUUGGAAGAAAAGAGUUCAGAAACCUUUUAAAAUGGCGUUUAAAAGUACGAGAAAAGUUCGGGUUUGCUACCAAGAAGAGUGCAAAGGCGGAGCCAGAAGAGGUUGCUGAGGUGGAAGAUAUGGACGAUGAACUGAAGAUUCAGGAAGAACUGCAGACCAUGAGCGAGAAGCAGAGCUCUCGUAGAAAGCGUGAAAAAAGAAGAGAAAAUGAGAAGAAACAAAGGGAAAUUAUUCGGAUGCAGUUACAUAUGACAGCACCAACAGAUAUUGGUCUAGAACAAGCCGGACCAAAUGGUGAAGGGUCUAUGUUUGGACUGAGAGCAAUAGAUAAGGCUGGUGCUGGAGACAAGAUUGCGAAGGGGAAAAUGGCAAUUCUCAAGCCAUCGGACCCAAGGAAGGAUUACGAUAGUGGGUUUGCUUCGGAGGAAAGUGAGAGUGACGAUGAGGAAGAUCGACUUGAUAGGGAACUCGAUUCAAUGUAUGACAUGUAUCAGGAACAAAAAUCAAGUGCCGACGCAAAAUUCCGCGCCAAGAAGGCAAGGAAGGAGCAUGAAGAUGGUGACUGGGAAGGAUUUUCGGCGGAAGAGGAACAAAGUGACGACGAUAAUUUGGAAGAGGAUAGUAGUGAUGAAUCUGAUGAGGAAGGGCCCUCCAAACAAUCUUUGUUGACUGAUCUGGAGCGGAACGAGAAGAAGGCCGGUGGGCUUUCGAAAAGAGCAACUCAAUUUUUCGAUCAAGACAUUUUCAAGGACAUUGGAGGUAUACCCGAAGAGGAAUCUGAGGAGGAAGUUGAAGAGGAAGACAAAGAAGUUCAAGCCGACCUUGACGAGCUCAUGAAGGACAUAGCCAUUGAGGUGGAAGAAGAAGAGGCAGACGACAAGAUCAUGGAAGAUGAGGCCGAAGAAAGUGACAGCAGCGACGACGAAAAUGGUUUUGAAGUCGUCAAACGUAGAGAGGGUGAACCACAAUGGGAAGAUGAAGAACCUAAAAAGGAUGGACGGUUGGAUAUCGACAUUAUCACCGCCGAAGCCAUGACUCUCGCCCAGCAAAUCGCUUCCGGUCAAAAAUCCAUGUACGACCUCGCUGACGAAAGCUUCAACAAAUACGCAUUCAAAGAUCGCGACGGUCUCCCCGACUGGUUCCUCGACGACGAACAUAAACACGAUAGACCCCACAAACCUAUAUCCGCCGCCGGCGCCGCAGCCAUCAAAGAAAAGCUCCGCGCUCUGAACGCUCGACCGAUCAAAAAGGUCCGCGAAGCCAAAGAUCGCAAGAAGUUCAAGGCCGUGCAACGACUUGAGAAAUUGAGGAAGAAGUCUGCAUUGUUGGCGGAUGAAGAGGGCAUGACGGAGAAGGAGAAAGCAAGUAGUAUUGGAAAAUUGAUGAGCAAGGCGGGGAAGAAGAAGCCAAAGCAGAACGUGAAGGUGGUGGUUGCUACAGGUGGAAAUAAGGGAAUUGCGGGCAGACCCAAGGGUGUCAAGGGUAAAUAUAAGAUUGUGGACGCCAGGAUGAAGAAGGAUGUUAGGGGCUUGAAGAGAGCGGCCAAGAAUAGGAAGUGA